AUGGUUUUUUAGUCGUUGUUAAUUUCAGUCGCAAUGAACGCAGUUUUUUAAUAACUGUCAAAAUAAUACUUUGCGGUUCUUGUUAUCAUUAUUGUUUUGUGUGAUUUUUAAUGUAAAGCUGCAGUAAUAACGUUGAAUUAAUGUUUUACGGUGUUCUUUGAAUCUAUUCGAGAUGCCGAAGGAACAAUAUCGCGAAACUUAUGUUGGGCGAAAAAUUUCGCAUGUCACGUUCAAUGUGGACAGCCCGGCUGCCAUCCAGCAAGCUGCUCAUAUCCAGGUCAUCACCAAGAACCUGUAUGCUCAGGAUGGACAGAGGGUACCGGCGACAUAUGGUGUACUGGACAGGAGAAUGGGUACCAAUCAAAAGGAUGCCAACUGCGACACGUGCGGGCUGGGCCUGGCAGAGUGUGUGGGACACUACGGGUACAUACAGCUGGCGCUGCCCGUCUUCCAUGUCGGGUACUUUCGGUCUAUCAUUACUAUACUCCAGACCAUCUGCAAGAAUUGUUCAAGAGUAAUGCUACCGGCUCCUCUGAGGAGGAAUUACUUGCGUAAAUUCAUGAACCCUGAACUGUCGUACUUGCAAAAGAAGAACCUUCGCGCUGCAGUCCACAAGAAGGCGAAGGCUUGCACGAAAUGCCCUAGCUGUGAGACCUUGAACGGCAUGGUGAAGAAGAGUCCGGCUGGUAUCCUUAAGAUUAUCCAUGAUAAGUAUCGUACCAAGAAGCCUACUGAUGGUGUUGUCAAGCGAGUGCUGAAAGACUUCCACGAAGCUAAGGAGUCCAAUAAAGAACUGACCACAAUGAUCAACAGCGGACUUGUCGUGGAGAUGAGUCCUGUGGAGGUGAUGGAAUUAUUCCGUCGCAUCCCAGACGACGACAUUCCCCUGCUGGGUAUGAACCCGAGCCUGACGCGGCCGGAGCACCUGAUCCUGACCCGCCUGCCCGUGCCACCGCUGUGUAUCCGGCCAAGCGUCGUGUCUGAUAUCAAGGCUGGAACGAACGAAGACGACCUAACAAUGAAACAGUCGGAGAUCCUGUUGAUAAACGACGUGAUAUCACGACAUAUUGCUAGCGGGGGCAAGAGCGAGCUCGUGCAGGAGGACUGGGACUACUUACAGCUACACGUCGCUCUGUACAUCAACAGCGAAAUGUCUGGCAUUCCAUUGUCUAUGCAGCCUAAGAAGCCAGGUCGUGGUUUAGUACAGCGUCUAAAAGGCAAACAGGGCCGUUUCCGUGGCAACCUAUCAGGGAAACGAGUGGACUUCUCGAGCCGUACUGUCAUUUCUCCUGAUCCCAAUCUGCAAAUUCAAGAGGUGGGAGUACCAGUACACGUGGCGAAGAUAUUAACGUACCCAGAGCGGGUGUUCCCUGCCAACUUGCUAUGGCUGCGGAAGCUGGUGUGCAACGGACCUGACGUGCAUCCUGGGGCCAAUUAUGUUCAGCAACGAGGGUUGAAGCACAAGAAGUACCUCAAAUAUGGUAACAGGGAGAAAAUCGCUCAGGAGUUAAAGUGUGGGGACAUCGUAGAGCGCCACCUGGUGGACGGGGACGUGGUCCUGUUCAACCGCCAACCUUCCCUCCACAAGCUCUCCAUCAUGUGUCACCGCGCCAGGGUCCAGCCGCAGAGGACCUUCAGGUUCAACGAGUGCGUGUGUACGCCGUACAACGCGGACUUCGACGGCGACGAGAUGAACAUGCACCUGCCGCAGACCGAGGAGGCCCGCGCAGAGGCACUCAUACUCAUGGGGAACAAAUCCAACUUAGUGACUCCACGUAACGGAGAGUUGUUGAUCGCUGCAACCCAAGACUUCAUCACCGGAGGCUACCUGAUGACCCAGAGGGACUGUUUCUUCACGAAGGACGAAGCCAGGCAGCUGGCUUCCUGUCUCCUCGCCGGACAGGACUCCACCAUGAGAAUCGACAUGCCGACCCCUGCUAUACUCAAACCAAGGCAGCUUUGGACAGGGAAACAGAUUUUUAGCCUGAUAAUGAAGCCCAACAAGAACUGCGAGGUGAAGGCCAACCUGGAGACCAAAGGCAAGAACUACACGGGCAACAAGGACAUGUGUGUGCAGGACUCCUAUGUGAUAAUAAGGAACUCGGAGCUGCUGUGCGGUUCCAUGGACAAGUCGACGCUGGGCUCCGGCACCAAGAACAGCAUCUUCUACAUCCUGCUCAGGGACUGGGGGGAGGAGUACGCCGUUAGGGGGAUGUGGAGGUUAGCGCGUAUGGCCUCGUUCUACAUAAUGAACAGAGGUUUCAGUUUCGGCAUCAUUGACGUCACUCCGGGGAAGAAGCUCAUCGACGCCAAGAAUAAACUACUUGAGGCUGGGUACUCAAAGUGCGAUGGCUACAUCCUGGAGAUGGAGAAGGGCACGCUGCAGUGCCAGCCAGGGUGCACCAUGGAGGAGACACUCGAGGCUGUCAUGCUCAGCGAGCUCAGCAGCAUCAGAGAGUUGGCGGCCAAAGCAUGUUUCCGUGAGCUACACCCCACUAACGCGCCGCUCGUCAUGGCACAGAGCGGCUCUAAAGGGUCGAACAUCAACAUAUCGCAGAUGAUCGCGUGCGUGGGCCAGCAGGCGCUGAACGGCAAGCGCGUGCCCAACGGGUUCGAGGACCGCUCGCUGCCGCACUUCGAGAGACACUCCAAGAUCCCGGCGGCGCGUGGUUUCGUAGAGAACAGUUUCUACUCGGGGCUGACUCCGACGGAGUUCUUCUUCCACACCAUGGGAGGGCGCGAGGGUCUCGUCGACACAGCUGUCAAGACUGCGGAGACCGGGUACCUGCAGCGGCGACUCGUCAAGUCAUUGGAAGACCUGGUCCUGCACUAUGACAUGACGGUCCGCAACGCGAUGGGCGAGGUGGUGGAGUUCCGCUACGGCAGCGACGGGCUGGACCCCAGCUACAUGGAGGGCAAGGACCGGCCCGUGGACCUCGCCAGGGUCCUCGCUGACGUGCGCGCCAAGUAUCUGUCUAGGGACGAGGAUCCCCUGGACGGCGACGGCAUCGAGCUGGCUGCGGCGGAGACCCUCGCGCUGGAUGACUUCAAAACUUGCACGCAGGAGUUCAAGAACGAGUUGUUAACGUUCCUGAAGUCGAUAGCAGCGAAGGUCCGAAACCUGCGCACGCGCUACGCGCAGUGUGGUCCCCUGGUGAAGCAGUUGGAGCGCCUGACCCUGACCCAGCUGGUCCAGUUCCUGCGGGUCUGCCACCACAAGUACCAGCGCAGUGUUAUCGAACCCGGGACCGCCGUCGGUGCGCUAGCUGCACAGAGCAUAGGCGAGCCAGGUACUCAGAUGACUUUGAAAACCUUCCACUUUGCUGGAGUAGCCUCGAUGAACAUCACGCAGGGAGUGCCCAGGGUCAAGGAGAUCAUCAACGCAUCCCGCAACAUCUCCACUCCCAUCAUCACCGCCGAGCUGAUGCAGCCCACGGACCAGGAGUUUGCCAGGAGAGUUAAAGGCAGGAUUGAGAAGACCACGCUUGGAGAAAUCACGACAUACAUCGACGAGAUGUACCUGCCUAACGAGUGCUUCCUGCUCAUCCGAUUGGACGCGGAGAGGAUCCGACUGCUCUGUCUGGAGGUCAACGUCGAGUCCAUCGUCUACUCAAUAUGCACAUCGAAGCUGAAGAUAAAGCCGGGCAACGUGCACAUAGUGUCGGAGUGGGCCAUCAAGGUGUCCGCGGAGGCGUGCAAGCAGGGCGGCUGGCUGAACCUGGCGCUGCAGCAGCUGGCGCGGCAGCUGCCCGCCGUCGUCGUCAAGGGCCUGCCGCAGGUCGCGCGCGCCGUCAUCGCCUGCAACGACACCGACAGCGUGCCCACGUACAAGCUGUGUGUGGAGGGGGACGGGCUGCGUGACGUCAUCGCCACCUACGGGGUGGACGGCAGGAAGACCACCUCCAACAAUAUACUCGAGGUAUUCCACACGUUAGGCAUAGAGGCUGCGAAGUCUACCAUCAUCAGCGAGAUCCAGGCCGUGAUGGAAGGUCACGGUAUGAGCGUGGACCGCCGCCACGUGGAACUCCUGGCCGGGCAGAUGACCGCGAGGGGCGAAGUCCUAGGCAUCACCAGAUACGGCCUCGCCAGGAUGAAGGAGUCCGUGCUUAACUUGGCCAGUUUUGAAAAGACGGCGGAUCACUUGUUCGACGCGGCUUACUACGGGCAGACGGACUGCAUCGAGGGGGUGUCGGAGUCCAUCAUCCUCGGGGUCCCCGCCGCCAUCGGGACCGGAGUCCUGCAGCUCCUGCACCAGCACCCGAGGGCAGAGCCCCUGCAGCCCCGGGAACUACUCUUCGACAGACCAGAGUUCCACUCCUCGAUAUGGGAAUAACCCUUAACCCCUGGUCGCAGACGCUAUUCUUCGACCAGAGUGCCCGUCAAGAAGUAAUUUUGUACCUUCUUGAUAUGUGUAUAAGACUGGAAAUCGUUUGUUGUUAGUUUGACUGUUUAGUUUAGUUUUUUGUGAUUUGUUGUUACGCAGUUUUUACCGUAUGACCCAGUGCACACCGGCGCGGCAAAGAUACUGAAAAUAAAUCAAUAUAACGUUGACCUUAAAAACGACGACAUAAGGUUCAUUUUAAAUUUAUUUAUUUUUAGUGUCCUCGCCGCGACUCCGCUGUACCUAAUAAACCGGAUUAGGAGAUUUUAAAAGCUUAUUUAUUGAUUAUAAUAAGUGUUUGAUCUUAGAAGUAACUUUAAUACAAAGUAAAUAACACUCUACAAUGCUUAAAAGAUAUUAAUUUUUAACAUAAAUACUUGUUUUACUCCGUCCGGUUUUCUUUUUCUGUCUGAAACUCCGCCAUCUUACCAAAACGUAAAAUUUCUCAAAUACUAAACAGAUGGCGACACUGUCUAUAUAAAAGUUUCAAAUGAUUUAACUCAAUUAAUGACAUUGUAUAUAGAAUAUAUUAAUUUUAAGUUAUUUAGUUAUUAAUUAUUAUUUAAUAUAAGCUUUCAAAUCAACAGAGUGUAUAUUUUAUUUAAUUUGUAUACGACGCUCGCUGGCAAUACUUCCAAUGUUGCCAGCCUCCUGAAUUAAAUAAAUGUUAUAUUAUUGCGUAUACUUUUCCUCUACUGUAUAUACGUAAUAUAUAGUUAUUAUUGGGAAAAGUAUAUUUACUAACCAAGGUCGGAUCUAGGAGCCAAUAAAAAUUAUAACUUAAAUAUUAUAAGUUACAUGGGACUUAUAAAACCAAUGGUGAAAAGUGGGUGUACAUUGUAUAGUGGCAUUACGUGCCGUAAUGUGCACCUCUGCCUACCAACAAAUUAUUAAAAUAUUAAAAAUGUCUGUCUGUCGGUCAGUUCUCUAUAUAUGUUUAAAAAUAAUUUUCAAUUCCUCCUCUUUGAUCCGUACCUAGAUUAAAGCUAUUAAAGUUUUAAUAAAAAAGUAUACCAUGAUUUUCCGUUGUACAAACACCAUCAUGAAACUAUUAUAGUUUGUUAACGCAUUUAGAACUUUAUUACACAAGAAUAAGGUUGUAAAUCCGUUGAAGUAGCUUAGUAAUUGAUAUGCUGCUUGUCUGGUAAUUACAUUAUAUUUGAAAUUGUAAAUAUUUAAUAUAAUGUCGAUCCUGCUUCACUCCCUAAGACAAAUGUUAAGACUUGAAUCUUGGACUUAGCUUUGGCUCAAUUCGUAUUAGCGCAGAGCCGAAAUACAUCAAACCGCCAACAGUCAUUUAAUGGUUACUUAACCCAGUCCUUAGCAAUUGUUUUCCAUACAAAAUCGUUACUAAGGAAUAGUUUAAGUAAUCAUUAAAUGUGUCUGAGUGUGCCAGUGAACGUCAUUGAAAAUUGACCCUUAUAUCUGCAAAGUAAGAAGACUGAAUAUGUGCCUUACGUCGCGGAGAUAAAGUGUAAUUUGCUAUUAGACGUUUUGAUACGUUUCAACUCUGCUGCUAGUAUAGAUUGGUUCUAAUGGCUGAAGGACAAUCGUUGAGCUAUUAUCCGAUAAUCAUUAGUAUUUUAAUGAAGUAUAUUUUGCCACCUGUAAGUAAGAUAUAUCUUUGGUAAAUAUGGAGUGUUAGUAAUAGUAUUUUUGGUCGCCAGAUGGCAGUAGUGUGCAUGUUGUUUAUUCGCUGUAUGAGCCACUCGGAGCAAAUCUGCGUGAUCCAUAAAUUGUGCGGGGUUUGGGUGAUCACACCACACAUUGCCCCACACUACGAUUUUCUCUUGUGUCGUUGGUGCGUUUACAAACAUACAAGUUCAUUUUAUUAUUAUUAAUUUUAUGUGUACAUUGAUAUAUGCAAAUAAGGUUUUUUUUUAAGAAAAUAACGUUUAAAGCUGACUUAGAGGUGACAAAAUAUGCCCUGAACAUGUUUUUACAAUAAUAAAUUCAUUUUAAAUAUAA